AUGGCACGGUGGGCCAUGCACCUCAGUCAGUUUGACAUAGAUUUCAAACCAAGGCCCGCCAUCAAAGGCCAAGCUCUUGCAGACUUUAUAGUGGAGUGCACAGCUCGGGAAGUGACGGACCAAGUAGAAACUGAAGAUGGAGGGUGGUGGACCUUGUCCACAAACGGUUCUUCCAACAGCAAAGGUUGCGGCGGUGGCGUAGUGCUCGUCACUCCGGAGGGAUUCCGCGCCUACUAUGCCAUCCGAUUCCACUUCAAGUUAUCUAACAAUGAGGCGGAGUAUGAGGCCCUCCUCAUGGGCUGCGUCAGCCAGGUGUCUGGGGAGUACGAAGCGAGCGAAGGAAGCAUGCAGAAAUACAGAGACGCGGUGCUGAAAACCUUGUGCGAGUUUGAGGGGUAUGAAAUACAUCAGGUACCAAGGGAACAGAACGCCGACGCCGACAUGCUCUCAAAACUAAGUACCGGAGUCCCCAGCCACAUUAGGAAGAUCGCUCGGCUAGAAGACCUCGAGACUUCAAGUAUCGACGUUUCGUGGGUCUUCCCUGUGCAGACUAGGGAGCCAUGUUGGAUUGAUCAUAUCAAGCGAUACAAGGCAGAUGACACCUUACCACAAGACGAGGCAGACGCAAAGGAAACAAAGUUACGGGCAGCUAGCUACGUUGUCUCGGGCGAUAAGCUAUACAAACGCUCCUACAACGGCACGUUACUGAGGUGUCUAUAUCCAGAUGAAGCCAAGUUGGUGAUGAAAGACGUCCACGAGGGGGCACUACCAGGUCGACCUGCGACGAAUUACACCCCGGUAAGCACCGCGAUUCCUUUUUCAAGAUGGGGAAUUGACCUGGUAGGGGCCCUUCCCACGGGGACUGGAAGCAGGAAAUACAUCAUUGUGGCCAUCGACUAUUUCACGAAGUGGGUGGAGGCCGAGCCCCUGGCAAGCAUCACCGCAGCAAGGUGCAAAAGGUUCGUCGAGAAAAAUAUCCUUUAUCGUUUCGGUAUCCCUCUCCAGGUAAUCACAGACAAUGGUCGUCAGUUCGAGGCUCGAGAAUUUUCAGAAUUCUUAGCAGGAUGGGGCGUUAAGCACAGCCGGGUGGCGGUAUCUUAUCCUCAGGCAAACGGGCAAGUGGAGAAUGCGAAUAGGACCAUCCUCGACGGCCUCAAGAAAAAGCUAGAAGUAGCCGACGGAGCCUGGGUGGAGGAACUCGACGGGAUCCUCUGGGCCUACCGCACGACACCAAGAAGGGCCACCGGAGAGACACUGUUUGCACUUGCCUAUGGAUUCGAAGCUCAGGCCCAGGUGGAAGUAAUCAUACCUAGUAGAAGGGUGGAGGAGUUCGAGUCAGAACAAAAUGAACUCCACCAAAGGGUGGAUCUGAACUUCUUGGACGAAGAGAGAGAAGCGGCAUUCUGCAAGAUGGAGAACUACAGUUGUCAGCUAAAGUCCUACCACGACGCAAAAGUCCGACCCCGAUAUUUCCAAGUCGGCGACCUUGUGUUGCGAAGAAGGGAAGCCAGCCAACCCCUUGAAGGGGGAAAAUUCGCAAAGAAAUGGGAGGGGCCUUACGCCGUGGAAGAAGUCGUUCGCCCAGGAACAUACAAGUUAAAAACGACAGGGGGAAGGAUGAUCGAUCGGGUAUGGAACUCGGAACAUUUGAUCAAGUAUUUUCCAUAA